CCCAUAGGGGCCUAUUAGUUGCUGUGAGUCCGGAACAUCUUGCUAUGGCUUUCGAUGAGGAAGUUCGACAGUGGACAACCAUUGGUAGCGAGGUAGACCUUUUGGACACACAACCUGCAGCAGGAGGCACCGGUUUCAUUGACUUGAGGAAGCAGCCAAAGCCGCCAGCAGAAGGUUUUGAGAACGAGAGGCUUGAGGAUGAAGAUCCACAAGAAGCAACCAGAGAUGAGCUUGAGAACAGAGAGCUUACCACCACAGUUCCAGAGGUUGACAUGGAGUAUACACCAUCCAUACCAGAAGAGCAUAUUGAUCCGCCUUAUCAGCAGAUGCCUGAGUAUCCCUCCGAGGACAUGUCUUCAGAUUCUUUGUCCAUGGCCCGCAUGCGCUAUGAGUCAGAGAGAGACGCCAAAAGGGAUCGCAAAUCUUCAGAGUUCUUUGCAAGGGUUCGAGAGGAUAGGAAGAGGAAACAGGAGGAACGGAGACAGAGAUGGCUUGAAGAAGAGCAUCGACGUUCUUCGAGUUCCCAAAUUCCCGCAGCAAAUGUUCCGAUUCCAAGAGCUGAAUACGAUCCAGACUUGGAUGACUAUCAUGUCAGUGCCCCAUCCUCGACGUUGCCAGCAAUUACAGAGAGCCAUGAAGGAGAAGCUCAGGAGCGCGAGGCCAAGAGACUUCGUGUUGAUGAACCAGAGCUGACAGA